AUGAAGCCAGCAGAGAUCAGAUUCUCUCUACAGAGACCUCUACAGCACAGACAUCCAGACAUGGCACCUUCAAUCACUACAGCAAUGACCAACUCUCAGGAACAUCUGACUCUGACACACAAGCUCAGAAAGCCUCAGGUGGAGAAGUUACGCAGAGAGCGAAUCAACAGCAGCAUUGAGCAGCUCAAGUCUCUCCUGGGUCCAGAGUUCCUCAAACAAGAGCCAGACUCCAAGCUGGAGAAAGCAGACAUCCUGGAGAUGACAGUUUGUGUCCUCAGACGACUGCAGCAGCAGAAUCACCAGCAGAGAAGACUGCUGAACCACUUCAACAAGCUGCAGCCUUCCUCUGAUAAGAACCUGAGAGUCCAGACCAGCAUCAGCAAAGAGGAGAGUCCAGCCAACAGCGCCCCCUGGAGGCCGUGGUAGACACCAAGACUGAAGUUUCUACCAGACAAACUGAGACGACCACAUUGGUCAAAGAACACUGGACUGAAAUCUUAUGAACUUAUUCUUCUGUGUGUACAGAAGGCCUUUUGUUUUCAUGCUCAGUGAUGAAUUUCCUCAGGGAAUUACUGUAACAUUGUCUUUCAAGUUUAGAAAGAGACUCCCUUCUCAUGCAUGUUGCAUGAUUUAAACCUGAUUGCAUCUGCAAUCAUUGUCAUAGCUCAGUGUUCUUGCUGACAUUGAAUAAUGAACCUUAAUCUCUGUGAUUAGACAAAAGUGAUCUUUUGUAAGAUCAGAAUGUUUAACCUUCUUAACGUCACAGUUUCAUGUGAUUCUUUAAGAAUUCACCACGUCAUGUUUUUAAUGAUGGUGAUUAUUUUUAGUAGUAACAAUCAUGUUGGUCAGAAGUUAUUUGUCCUUUAUUAGGUCAGCUUGUAAUGUCAUUCCUCACCUUUAUGUGAGGUUUUAUAAAUGAUCUGUUCUAGGAUCAGUGUAGGCUUUUAUUCCUAAAAGGUGUCUUAAUAUCCCUCUGUCACUAAGUGGCUGUCAUAUGUCUUAUAUGAGUAUUCAGGUAUUCAUCAGUUUUGAACCUGCUGUGAUCAGAACAUUCAGAUCUGUUUAAAGAUCAGAUUUUAAUGUCUUGCUUUUUUUUAAUUUAAAGCGAAUCCUGUUUAUUUUUUGAAAAUGAUGAUUUACCCGUCUGUGAAUCCUUCUCAUUAUUGUCUCGUCUUUUAAAAAGACUUUUCCUUUGUGAUGUAGACGUGAUCUCCAGGAUGUUGUUGUGAUGUUUGGUCACAUCUACUCACAGAUUCUCGUGGCUCUUUGAAUAAACAAAGAUUGUCUAA